GGGCGGCGUCGCCUCUGCGCGCAGCCUCGGCCUUGGGCCCGGCCUGGGCCUCCCGCGGCGGGAGGGCAGCGGCGCGGCGCGGCGCAGGCAGCUCAUAGAUACUGGGGCGUAACCACGUGCACUUUGGCAACACAGCCUGCACUUUUCUUGCCUUCUACUGGAACAAGUUUAUGACCUGCAGUUUCCCCAGAGGAAUGAUCAGAGUCUCUGCUCUGACUCUAAUAACGUGGCUGUGCUUGAUCAGUAACUAGCGUUGUCACUGGCCAGUAGUAAAUAAAAAGAAAAUUUAGAUGUCUUCAGAAGAUAAAGAAGCUCAGGAGGAUGAGCUGCUAGCUUUGGCUAGCAUUUAUGAUGAAGAUGAAUUCAAGAGAGCAGAAUCUGCUCAAGGAGGAGAAACAAAAAUUUGUUUGGAGUUGCCCCAAAACUUCAAAAUUUUUGUGAGUGGCAAUUCCACAGAAAGCAUCCAGAGUAAUGGGUUUGAAUACACAGUUUGCUUUUUGCCUCCACUUGUGCUGAAUUUUGAACUCCCACCAGAUUACCCGUCAACCUCCCCUCCUGUGUUUACCCUCAGUGGCAAAUGGCUCUCCCAAGCCCAGCUCAGUGCUCUUUGCAAACAUUUAGACAAUGUCUGGGAAGAGAAUCGUGGCUGCGUGGUCUUAUUUGCCUGGAUGCAGUUCCUGAAGGAGGAAACGCUGAAUUACUUGAAUAUUACCUCCCCAUACGAGCUAAAAUUGUGUCAUCAAGGAAGUGGGCAGACUAGGACAUCUUUGGUUCCUCUAGAUGCUGAGAAGGAUUGUGGUGGUGCAGCAGGCUCUGCAACAGCUGAAGGAGAUAUCAUCGAUGAAAGAGCUGUACAGGAUGUGGAAUCUUUGUCAAGUCUGAUUAGGGAAAUAUUGGACUUUGAUCAGGCUCAGAGGAGGAAAUGUUUUAACAGUAAGAUGUACUUGUGCAAUAUCUGCUUCUGUGAGAAGCUGGGCAGUGACUGUAUGUACUUCACUGAAUGCAGCCAUGUAUACUGCAAAGCCUGCUUGAAGGACUACUUCGAAAUACUGAUCAGGGAUGGUCAGGUCCGUUGUCUCAACUGUCCAGAACUAAAGUGUUCUUCUGUUGCUACUCCUGGCCAGGUUAAAGAGUUGGUUGGAGAGCAGUUGUUUGCACGUUAUGACCGCCUGCUUCUGCAAUCUAGCCUAGACUUGAUGGCCGAUGUAGUGUAUUGCCCUCGUCCAGGCUGUGAGACUCCAGUCAUGCAAGAACCAGGUUGUACCAUGGGCAUAUGUUCCUGCUGCAACUAUGCUUUUUGUACUGUCUGUAAAAUGACUUACCAUGGAGUCUCUCCAUGUAAAGUCACUGCAGAGAAAUUAAUUGCUUUGCGUAAUGAAUAUCUAGAAGCAGAUGAAGAAACUAAAAGGUUUUUGGAACAGCGUUAUGGCAAAAGAGUGAUUCAGAAAGCCCUCGAGGAGAUGGAAAGUAAAGAAUGGCUAGAAAAGAACUCAAAGUCUUGUCCUUGCUGUGGUACUCAUAUAGAGAAACUAGAUGGUUGUAACAAAAUGACAUGCACUGGCUGCAUGCAGUACUUCUGCUGGCUUUGUAUGGGUUCUUUGUCAAGGGUGAACCCAUAUAGGCACUUCAAUGAUCCAUCUUCCCCAUGCUUUAAUCGAUUGUUUCAAGCUAUGCACGUCGAUGGUGAGUUCUGGGAUGUUGAAGAUGAAGACUAGUAACUUUUCUAGCAACAAAAUCUGAAGAAACCUUUUUUUUUUUUUUUUUUUUUUUUUUUGCUUUUCAGUUCCAUUAAUAUGAUAGAAGAAUAAUACUAUUUUGCACUGCAGGAUACUUUCACAACUCUUCAGAGGCAGUUGUCAAAAUGAAAGGAGACCAUUUUGCUCAUUCUGUGGUAACAUUGAGGCCCUAGUAAACAUGUUUAGUGCUAAAGAGAAACACAACAGCCAGAAGUAUAAAAAUUACUGAAAAAAACGUGUACUAAGAGGUGCUCCUUUUUUAAAAAAUAAAGUUAACCCAAUCAUAGACAUAUUUUAGAGUUUCUCCCAGGGAGACUGACCUUUCAAGGAUCUUGACUUUUACGUAUGUGGUUUUUUGGGCAGUUAUCUUAAAGCUGUAAUGUUCUUUCUGGAGCUUUUUAGUGAUGUUGCUUGGGCAAGGAAGCUUACUGAAACAACACAAAGUUCUUCUGAAUGCAACAUUUGAGCUUGUUGCUUCUGUAGCAUUUCCUUACCUGUUCCUCUGAAAAACAGCUCAUUGCUCUGGCACUGAUGCUUUCAACAAUGAUGGUAAAGUUGGUUAUCCCUAACCCCUUUUUGCUGGCACUAAUGCCGGGGUCCUUCACUGAAUGCUGUCGCAGAAUAUGGCCAACAACUGUUUCCUGACAUCUGACUUGGUUUGGUGAUUGAUCUCAAUGUUGCUGUCAUACUAACUUCUAUUGCUUCUCUUUAUUUUGACAGUAAUGAGUGCUAAAGCCAUGAAUAGAGCCUGUAGCCACUGAGAGAAUAAAAACUGAAACACAUUUUUAUGGAUACACAGUCAAGAUUAACUUGAUUUCAAGAUACUGAAAAUCACCUUUUCUUGUUUUUUAGAUGGCAGAGUAAUUUAUUUUUUACAAAGUCUUCAUCUAAGGAAUUUGAUUAGUAGAUAGUUCUGCUUCUGGAGUAGAUCCAUUAUUUUCACAGUUCUUGCCCUUCAGAAUGUGUCAAAAAAACAAUUUUUUUUCCCUUAGGAGCUCAAUAAGUAGUUUUUUGUGCAUGAAAGUAAUUAUUGGAGAAAUGAUUUUUUUAAAAAAAGACUAAUUUCCACUUGCAGAAUGAUCUAAAAACUUGUCUUAAAAUUAAAAAUGCAUGUGCUGUGUAGAGAACAAGAAAAAGCAGGGUCUGGACAGCUCAGGAGCUUGAAAACUCUUCAGACACUCAAGGUGAACACUUCUCGCCCAGUUUUGAUUGAUAGUAAAUAAAUUUCUACUCAGAUUAUCUGGCCAAAAUGAGUCUUGAUUUAGUUCCUUUCCAGAGGACAAAAGUCUCUAUUAUUACAACUUGCAGUGAUUAAAAAGAUAAAAGAUCAGUAAGAAUGGAUCUGGGCAGCAGAUUCUCUCUGGUACAUAGAGGUGGUCCUUUGUGGUGUUUAAGGCUAAAGGACACCGGGGAGGGAAAGUUUACACUGCGUGUGGUUUAACUUGUAUUUCGUGCACCUUUCAAUGCACUAAAUUCACUUUAAAACAGUAAA